AUGUUCCCCAUCAAACUGCUGGCAAGAGGUGUGACCGGCGCAUAUGGCCUUGCGCGAGAGGCAAUGGCCGAUCAUGACACCAAAAGGACUGCAGCUCAGCCUCAUCUGCAGGUCCCCUUCCCAACUAAGGAUGAAGCCGACCUUUCAGAAUCCUCCUCGGUCGAAUCAUCUGAUGGUGAGGAAGUGGCACAAGAACUUGACGAGGUUCAGCAGGAAAUCGCCCGAGAACCCAGAGACAUGCAAUUUGAGAACGCUCGCGACAUCGAUGAAGUGUUGGAUGCUUUCAUGAAGAUACACCCACCUCCCAAGUACUCACCAGUUGCCGGAAAACUCGAAAUGCCCGUCAUCCUGCCUCAGCGUCGGCCAAAGAGCAAAGAACGAGGCUUUGUUCGCGCAUAUGCGCCGAUGCUUCAAACAUGCGGCGUCGAGCAGGUAGAGUUUCUUGACUUCUUGGAUGGUUUCGGAAACGCGAUUCAGCUCCAUCCAGCUUUCCAUGCAUUCAAUCUGGCCUGCGCCGGAGCAGUCCUUGCCACUGACAUCGCCGUUGGCCCCAUGUUUUUCGUCCACGUCGGUGCCAUGGUCGUCCACACAAGUGUUGAGCUGUCCAGGAGACAAUACGUGAAAUACGAGUCAAACAAGUAUCUGGACCACAUGAACGAGAGCUUCUUCAAGCCCCGGGGUCUCUAUGCCUUGGUCAUGGCGUACAAACCCGAGUCCGACGAUUUAGGACAGAAUGUGGAUAUGAAUACCCAUCUGGUAACCUCGAUCGCAGCUAGAGACUCUGGCCGUGGAAGUCGAUUUGCCAACGCGGCAGGGUUUUCAAGAGAAAUCGAGAUCCCCGAGUCCGCCCCUCUUAUCUUCCCGGAGCUGGACGCUCUACCAGAGAGUGAGAAGGAGAAUGCAUUCAACCGCAGCGGCAAGGGACUCGGCGACUAUUUUGAUCUCCGGGCCCAAGCCAAGUUUGAAAAGGCGAACCCUGAGUCCAAAUUAAAUGUGUAUCGAGAAAGACAAUUUGCGUCACGUUUCAGCGACCCAAACCAUCCAGCUAACAGCGGCAGUUUGAAUGCCUUGCUGAGUGGUGGAAAGAUCGACACGACGGAGUCCGAUUGA